GUUCAAGGCAACAGGACCACUCUUCUCAUUUGCCCGGGCCCCUCAUCUCCUCUUCCUGCCUGUUGGUGGUGUGUGUAAGGCAGGUGCUGUGUGAAUCACGUCCCAUCUGGGUCUCCUGCCCCCUGUCUCAGGGCAUCGGCGGGGCCGGUGGCUCAGACGCAGCAAGGACAGUCUCGCCUCACUUUCCCGGAGGGUCUCGCGAGGCGUCGCGCCAUGCUAGUCUGUCCGUGCGUAAACAUCCCACCUGCCCUUGCGGUGCCCAUGGAACGCUCCUUUUUCACUCAGCGGGUGAGGCUUCCAGUUCACAGCGAGUCCCUGGGGUUCCCCCUGAGGUGGUGCAUCUCGUUGAGCAGCUCUCUCGGAGUGUCGAGAUAAGAUAAGGGAGGCCCGUGCCUCGUGGUGGUCGUCCUCACUGCGUGCUGUGAGGACUAACUUGGCCCUCGUAUUCUCCCUUCAUCGGGGUUGCACGGGGGAGUUUGAGCGACCUUGGAGGGUCCGGCGAGGCGAAGCGGAGCCUCUGUGAGACAUUUCAGCUUCUUGUGAGGUAAAGACACUUCUUCCAAGGAUCCAACCAUAUCCAGUGAGUUUAUAUCCUCAUCUGAAAACAAGGAAAAAUGUUUCCUGCCACAGAACAUGAUUCCAGAUCUGACACUCUCCUUCAGUGUGAAGAGCCGCUCCAGAAGGUGUGUAAAUGGCCCCUUGCAGGAAGCAGCCAGGAGGCGGCUCUGGGCACUGGAGAAUGAGGACCAGGAGGUGCGUGCAUUGUUUAAGGACCUCUCAGCCAGGUUGGUGGGUAUCCAGUCCCAGAAAGCCCAGUUCCUCAUCACCUUUAAGACUAUGGAGGAAAUCUGGAAGUUCUCCACCUACCUGAACUUAGGCUACGUAUCCACAUGUCUGGAGCAUCUCCUUUUUGACCACAAGUACUGGCUCAACUGUCGACUGGUGGAGGAUACAGAGAUCCACGUGUCAAUAGAUGAUAAACACCUGGAAACUAUAUACCUGGGACUCCUGAUCCAGGAAGGUCACUUCUUCUGCAGAGCCAUGUGCUCUGUGGAUCAGCCAGCUGAGAAGGAAGGGGAGUAUUUGACACUUUGCGAGAAUGAGUUAAUCUCGGUGAAGAUGGCUGAAGGCGAGUCUAAGUGGGAAGGCGUGUCCUUGGUGACGGGUCAGCGGGGCCUGGUGCCAGUGUCAGCCUUGGAACCCCUGCUUCUCCCUUUCCACCAAUGGUUCCUAAAGAAUUUUCCAGGAAGCUGUGGUCUUUCCAGGAAGAGAGAUUGGACAGGCCCCUAUCAGAUAGGUAGAGGAAAAUGUAAGGCCUGGAAGGAAUAUGAGAGGGAAGAAAAGGAUGAGCUGAAUUUCCACCAGGGAGAAAGCAUUGAGAUCAUCGGCUUUGUCAUUCCUGGGCUUCAGUGGUUCAUUGGGAAGUCAGCGCUCUCAGGAGAAGUGGGCUUUGUCCCUACCAGGAUCAUAGAUCCUGAUUCUUAUUCCCCAAUGAGCAAGAACUCUGCCUUUUUCAGUGAUGAGGAAAAAUGCUCUCUGGGGUUCCUGGGAAGUGACAGGAAAGCUGAGUGUGUCAGCUUCCUCCGCACACUUGCUCAGACUGACAUAACAUCUGUCUACCAGCUUAGUGGGUUUGAAUCCAUCCAAAGUCUUCCAAACGAUCUGAGCGUGUCCCAGUCCGAAGGCUUCAAGGAGACCCGGCCUGGUGGAGCCUGGGAGGAGCAUCAGGCUGUGGGCUCCAGACAGUCCAGCAGCUCUGAGGACUCCAGUCUGGAGGAAGAGCUCCUUUCAGCUGCCUCAGACACCUAUCAUCUGCCAGAGCCUGAUAACCUUGAUGACCCAGAAUUGCUCAUGAACCUGAACACCGCUCAGGAGGAGGAGGAGGCUGAGAACUUCACCCCCCUAUUGGCUUUUCUGGAUCACGAGGGUUAUGCUGACCACUUUAAGAGCCUCUAUGAUUUUUCCUUCUCUUUCCUCACGUCUUCCUUUUAUAGUUACUCUGAGGAGGAUGAGCUCAUGGCUUACCUGGAGGCCUCGAGGAAGUGGGCCAAGCGGAGCCACAUGACCUGGGCCCACGCCCGGCUCUGCUUCCUCCUGGGUCGGCUAAGUGUCAGGAAGGUCAAGCUCUCUCAGGCCAGGGUGUACUUUGAGGAGGCCAUCCACAUUCUCAAUGGGGCAUUUAAGGAUCUAUCCUUGGUGGCUGCCCUGUACAUCAAUUUGGCAGCCAUCUACCUGAGGCAGAGGCUGAGGCAUAAAGGCUCAUCCUUGCUGGAGAAGGCAGGUACCUUGUUGGCCUGCCUGCCUGACCGGGAGUAUAGUGCCAUGAGCGAGCUGGAUGUGGUGGCCUAUGUGCUGAGACAGGGCAUCGUGUCAGGCAGCUGCCCCCUGGAGGCCAGGGCCUGCUUUCUGGCCAUCCGAUUGCUCCUAAGCCUUGGCCGGCAUGACGAGGUCCUGCCCUUCGCUGAGCGCCUGCAGCUUCUCUCUGGACACCCUUCCACCUCAGAUGCUGCAACCACCAUCUUGAGUUUUCUCUAUGACAAGAAAUAUCUGCCACACCUUGCAGUGGCUUCUGCCCGGCUGCGUGGAACUCAGAGUAUCCAAGAGAUGACCCUUCCAAUUUGGCAGGUCCACCUGGUCCUGCAGAACAUCACCAAGCUCCUUGGCAUCUCCUCCCCAAGCUGGGGUGAAGUUUCUUCCUUGGCUUGCCCGGCACUCAGGCAGGCACUGACUUACUGUGAGGAACAGGCAGAUUGGAGCACCCAGAGGGUCCUGUGUCUCAUCCUGUCCAAAGUGUACCUCCAACACAGGUCUCCUGAUGGUGCCAUCCACUACCUGAGCCAAGCUUUGAGGCUAGGCCAGCUGCUGAGUGAGCAGGAAGGUUUUGAGUCUUCCCUCUGCUUGGCAUGGGCCUAUCUCUUAUCCAGCCAGCCAAAGAAGGCUUUGGACAUCCUUGAGCCAUUCUUAUACUCCCUGAAGGAGACAGAGAGUGUUAUCCACAAAGGAGUGGUCUAUAACCUCAUGGGACUUGCACUUCAAGGUGAAGGCCGGGUGUACAGGGCAGCCAAGAGCUAUCUUCGGGCCUUGAACAGAGCCCAGGAGGUGGGGGAUGUGCGCAACCAGGCAGUGGCUUUGGCCAAUCUUGGCCAUCUGACCCUUAAGUCCUGGCCUCAGCAGCCAGCCAGGAACUAUCUUCUACAGUCUGUGAAACUCUAUUCUACACUCCAGGCCAGCAUGGAGACAGACAUGGAAUUAGUACAGGUGCUUCUCUGGCUGGCCCAGGUCCAGGUGUAUGGACGCCAGCUGGCCAGUGGCCGCUUUUGUUAUGAAAUGGCACUGCUGUUUGGCUUAAGGCAUCAACACCUGAAGAGUCAGCUUCAGGUCACCAAAUCCCUCUGCCAUUUCUACAGCUCUGUGUCCCCAAACCCCGCGGCAUGCAUCACCUACCACGAGCACUGGCUGACGCUGGCUCAGCAACUCAGAGACCGGGAGAUGGAGGGGAGGCUGCUGGAGUCCCUUGGACAGCUCUAUCGGAACCUAAAUACAUCCAGCUCCCUCAGGAGGUCCCUCACCUGCAUCAAGGAGAGCCUGCGUAUCUUCACUGACCUGGGGGAGAGAGACAAGGCUGCUGAGGCCUGGCUUGGGGCUGGGCGACUCCACUACCUCAUGCAGGAAGAUGAACUGGUGGAGCUGUACCUGCAGACAGCCAUCCAGAAAGCCCUGAAGUCAGAGGAGCCCUCCUUGGCUCUCAAGCUGUAUGAGGAAGCGGGUGAUGUGUUCUUCAAUGGGACUCGCCACAGGCAUCGUGCGGUGGAGUAUUACCGAACUGGGGCUGUUCCCUUAGCAAGGAGGAUGAAGACAGUGAGAACCGAGCUCCGGAUUUUCAACAAGUUGGCAGAGCUGCAGAUCAGCCUGGAAGGCUAUGAGAAGGCUUUGGAAUUUGCUACCUUGGCAGCCAGACUCAGCACAGUUGCAGUCUUCCAAUUUCUAGAAGAUCAGCGGCAGGAGCUGGUGGCCUUCCACCGUCUGGCCACUGUGUACUAUUCCCUGCACAUGUAUGAGAUGGCUGAGGACUGCUACCUGAAGACUCUGUCCCUCUGUCCACCCUGGCUACAGACCCCCAAGGAGGCCUUAUACUAUGCCAAGGUGUAUUAUCGUCUGGGCCAACUCACCUUCUACCAGCUGAAGGAUGCCCACGAUGCCACCGAGUACUUCUGGCUGGCCCUGGCGGCUGCGGUCCUGCUUGGUGAUGAGGAGCUGCAGGACGUCAUUAGGACCAGGCUGGACAACAUCUGCCAGAGCCCCCUGUGGCACAGCUGUCCCUCUGGGCGCUCCUCAGAGAGGGCACGCUGGCUGAGUGGUGGGGGCCUGUUCCUCUGAGGACAGCUGUCCCAUCUCCGACCAGUUGCCAUGGUCAGAAGCUACCUCUCUUCUUAGCCUCUUAGACACUAAUCUGGGGAGUUCAAGCCAUGACCUGGCCCAUCGUCUCAUCUCAGAAUGGGAAGAGCACAGUCCAGAGGGAGAGGGCUCAUCUCAGUCACAUAAGGAAUGGAUGGUGGACCAGGGAUUAGGGUCCUGACUUUGUGUCUAGAGCCUUUCCAGUAGACUGUGGCCCUUCCACACAUGUAGCCCCUGAAAUGUACUUUCUAGACACACAGUUCUAGAGAAAAUGAGAAUUUUUGCCCCUAGAAAAGCUGUCCCCUUCCAUCAGUGAAGAAAUCAGGCAGUGCACUGGAGAGAAGGCAAGCAGAUUGGACUUUGUUCCCUUUACUGACUUUUCUCAGGGAAAGACCCCUCCCCUUGCCAGCAGUGAAACUAGUCAUUUCUUUCUUCUCUUUCUUCAGCCAGUCGAGGUGCUACUCCUCCUGUCACGAGGACUGGUGGGUGAGAAUUCACCAUGCUCUUAGUGCAAAAGACAGCCUCAGAAUGGCCAGGUGGAGUGCACAGAGGGUGAGGUCUGAUGUGGAUGCACCAUCCCCAUCCUGCCCUGAGGCUCUGUUCCCCCACAACCUCCCUAAAACCCAAGGGAAGCCUCUCCAGGCCAUGGCUUAAAAAUUGAGCACUAAGAACAUUAUGACAUAAAUUACGUGUAAACAGUGUGUAUUAUUAAAUAUUGCUCAUUUAUGUUUAU